GUCAAAAGCGUGCUGCGCAACGCCUUCGAGAAACUGGGGAAGAUUGGCGGCUGCCAGCUUCACGUUUUCAUCGGGCGGACGACACACGGCGCCGCCGUGGUCGGGGAGAAUGCUGCUGUGGGUGCGUUUCGCAGUCACACACGGGAGCUGUUGG